CAGGCGGGUUGGGCCAGACUCUAAUGAAUUUACGCGAAUCUACCGACGGGCUGACCGACUCAGGCAGGCGGGGACGGAGCGCACCGACACAAGGCUUUAAUCUCUACUAAUGUCGCGGUGAAGCGGCACUUCAAGUGCGGGGAGAGAAGUUCUGGUUCGGCCGUGGUGCUGUUUCCCCUGGGCUCCGGCUAAUGUGGGAGAGUGAUUGGAGUUGACAAGCGCGCUCCACGACUACUGUAUGUGCCCCCCUCUUCCUCCUCCUCCACCUCCUCCUCCUCCUCUCCCGCUCCACACAACCAGGAAAUCGUCGAGGUGUGCUUCUUUAUCCCGCUGCUGCCUCUACCCCGCCUGCGGGUGUAGAUGCACUGUUUUGUCGCUGGUUUUCCCGGCUUUAUUUGUACUCAUCUGGCGUGACUUUUGAAGCCGAGCCUCCGCUCUGAAGUCACACAAACUUGCCUGCGAGGAGAGGAAGAGAGGAUCUCCACUCUGGCCGAACAAUGAGUGAGUCGAGUAUUUGCCAGGCUCGGGCCACUGUGAUGAUCUAUGAUGAUGGCAAUAAGAAGUGGAUGCCGGCAGGUGCUGGAGCCCAGACCUUCAGCAGAGUCCAGAUUUAUCACAACCCCACCACCAAUGCCUUCAGGAUAGUGGGACGUAAGAUGCAGACAGACCAGCAGGUGGUUAUAAACUGUCCGAUUGUAAGAGGUCUCAAAUACAACCAGGCCACACCCAACUUCCACCAAUGGAGAGAUGCCCGACAGGUGUGGGGGCUUAACUUUGGAAGUAAGGAGGACGCCGCUCUAUUUGCCAACGGCAUGGCUCACGCUCUGGAGGUGCUCAACUCCAUGGCAGAUGCAGGCUAUGCAACCCUCCCCCGCCCAGUGUCAAAUGGUCCGUCUCCAGAAGAGCUGGAGCAACAGCGGAGGUUGGAGCAGCAGAGGUUGGAACAGCAGGAACGGGAGCGGCAGGAGAGAGAAAGACAGGAGCGAGAACGGCAGGAAAGAGAACGACUGGAGAGAGAGAGACAAGCAGCUGCAGCCCCUGCUCCUCCACCUCCACCACCUCCACCCUUGGUCUCUGGAGGUCCCGCUCCUCCACCGGCCCCUCCUCUAGUCCCUGGUCCCCCUGGCCCCCCCUGCCCCCCUCCAGCCCCUGGGAUUCCUCCCCCUCCAGGACCACCGCCAGCCCCACCUCUACCCCCUCCAGUAGUUGAAGGUGGGGGAGGAGGAGGAGCAGCAAGUGGCGGUGGUGGAGGAGGAGGAGGAGGAGGAGGUGGAGGAGGUGGAGGUGGUGGAGGUGGCCUUGGUGGAUUGGCGGCUGCGUUAGCAGGAGCAAAACUUCGCAAAGUAUCCAAGCAGGAGGAUUCGGGCUCUACAGCUUCACUAGGCAGAGGUGACUCCACUCGCAGCAGCUCUGCUGGGGGAGGAGGGGGAGGCGGAGGAGGGGGCGGCAGUCUAAUGGGUGAGAUGAGUGCCAUCCUGGCAAGAAGGAGGAAAGCUGCAGACACUGGAGAGAAGCCAGCAGUAAAGACACAAGAUCAUGAUGAUUCAGAGUCUCAAGGUCAAAGCGACACACUGAGAAGACCUUGGGAAAAAUCGUCCAUGGCCAGGAAUAACUCCAUCCCCAAGAACAUGGACUCCACUUCCUCAGUGUCCCAAAGUUUCAGGGCGAAGCCUGCAGGCAACAGUAAUGAUGCGGGUGGAGUGGAUGACUCAGAUUUAGAGAAGAUGAAACAGGAGAUCCUUGAGGAGGUGCGGAAGGAAUUACAAAAAGUCAAGGAGGAAAUUAUUGGAGCCUUUAUUCAGGAGCUGCAAAAGAGAAGCACAUAGUUCCACUGAGCGUCAGGUGUAACGGAGGGCUGCGAUAGAUGGAGGUGGUUGAAGCCUGCUGGGCACUCUCCUCCACUGCCCCCCCCUCCCAUGUAGCCCAGGGAUUUUUUCUUUUUUCACCUAGACAUUUUCUCUUCUCUUCUCUCUCUCUCUCUCUCACACGUGGGCAUAAUUGCUGAUGUGUAGAACAUGCAUAUACACUUCAUGUAAAUGGUAAUCCAGGGAACUUCCUAAUGUUGCCAACCGGCACUUUUGAUGAUCACUCAGAUAUCGCAGCGGUGAUGCUGUCUGUCCCAUAACUCCUCUUUAUUCAACCGUCCCUUGUGUCCUGUAUGUGCUCUACUCAUCUGAAGCAACGCAGAGCAUGUGGCUGCAGCCACUUUCUCUUCCCGUUCAUCAUUGCCUACACUCAUCAUUGCCCUCCUUUUCUGCAGAAAUCCUGCGACUUGUGUCUUCACCCCUCUAUCAGACAAAACAUUUACUGAUAGAACAGUCUUCAGUAUUCAGGGACAAGUUACUAAUCACAUUUUUUUUUUACUGUAAGUGCAAAAUGCUGACAUUCUGAGAUCACUUUUUUUUCUCUUGUGCUCGUUUGGCCAAAUUAUUGUUCAACCUCAAACACUGCAACAGUUAUUUCUGCUUAGACAUCCUCUAGCAGUACACUGCCUCCCAUGGUGGUUAGAGGUGGAGUAAACGACCACAAUCGAGGAUGGACCAAACACCCCACCUCCCUGACUACUGCAGUGACUCUCCAUCAAGUGGACUUGAAGCUCCUGGCAGUGGUUAAGAACUAAAAACAGCAUACUUCACUGCUGCAACGCAGACAAGUUUAGAGGAAGAGGAGACGAGCCUAGGGGAAAAGACGGACAACCUGAGUGCUGUGAAAGAGGAGUGUGUUGUAGUUUUAUGAUGUGUGAGAAAUGUAUUCUCUUUGCAUUGCACUUGUUCCAGAGGAAGUGUGCCUGCGUGCCACACUGCUUUGACAGACUAUUCCCUCUUACUCAAAAAUGAAAUAUUAUUUGUUAGCCAGUGUGGUGCUGCUGCUACACUGUGCUUCCACUAGUCAUUUUCUGCAUUCUAGCUAUUUCAAACUUUGAAACAUAAAAUAUGGCCAUGAUGAGGUCAAUUAAUUUGGCCAUGACCAACUGCCUUGAGAAUAAAUAUAUAUAGAUAAAUAUAUAUAUAUAAGGAAAAAUAUAUAUUUGUUUUGAGGGAAAAUGUUAGCAAAAAUGAAAUGGUGUUUCUAUUUUAAUUGAAGUAACUGGUGACUGGGGAUUUGUUUUGUUUUUUUCCUUUUUCUUUUUUCAAUGAUUGUUUUCUUAUGAAAUGUUAUUUUGGGUUGACUUUCUUUUUUCUAAUAGAGUCUAGGCUUUUUACACUGAAAUAUUAAGAAAACAGCUUAGAGACACUGGAUUAGAAAUGCCUUUAUAGUCGAAUACAGCUGCUUCUUGAAAAUGCA